AUGCUUGCACCAAUUAUUACAAAAGAUAUGAAAUUAUUUCCAACGCAAUCAUUGCCACCGAAAAAUGUUCGUUAUCGUGCACAUAGCCUUAAUGAAUUAAGCAAAUCAAAACUGCAAUCGCGUAAUACAGUUUUAUCAGCAAUUGAUCAACUUCCAAUCAACUCAUCGAGAUCAUUAUUGAAAAGCUGUUCUAUGCGUAAACCUACAAAUCUUGAUGCUAUUGUUGAAGGUGUUGAAAUGUCCUCAAAUAAUAGUAGUAAUAAAUGUGCGGAAAAAGUUUCAACAGCAGUUUUAGAUAAUACAACUAAAAAAGGAAAAAUUUUAAUAAAUCCUCGUAAAAAUAAUAAAGAUAUUAUCACAACAAAUAAUGUUUCAUCUUCUUCAUCCUAA